AUGCAGCAGGAGAACCAAGCUCUCUCUGGAAAAACGACUAUUUGUCGGAAAAAGCUUCAAGAUAUUGACCACCAUGGUGAUCAAGAGAUGAAAACACACCUGAUGAGUCCCACACUGGCUCGUCUAAAUGAAUUGGGUCUUGAUAUGAAGCCUCACAUCCAGCCUGGAAAUGCCUUUGCUCUGAUGAAACCCAUUGGUGCCAAUGGAAGCAACCUCUCUCGGAGGAGCAGUGGUGGUCAAGAAGCCACAAGCCUCGACAGGGGUGUUAACCGUCCUCCAAUGCUUCGCAAAAUGUCAAGCCUCGACUAUGAUGAAAACCUUGCACUUCCAAUGCCUAAGCCUCGCCACCUCAAAACAGAUUCGGGCAACAGUUCAAAUCCAUUUCAAGAUCAUAGUGAGAGGCUCAAUACAUUGAACAAACGUUUCGCCACUGAUCCAGUAGGAUCACCGGUGCAUGCGAUACCUGAGCCUGUCAGUCUUCAGGAUAAUCGCGAGGGCAAGAAGCAGUCACGGUUCCAGAUGAUCAAGUCAAAGUUGAGCUUCAAAGACUUGCGAAAGGAACUAGUAAAGGAUGACAUGGUUGCUGGUCUCGUUACACCACCUCAUCGUGCCGAUGCUGAUAGUGCUCUUCCCACCUUGACAUCGAGCAGCCAGGACUCCAGCAAGAAGACCAAGAUACAUUCGGUUAAGAAGGAUCCCCUUCCUGCAAUUUUACAACCUUCCAAACCGAAAACCUUGAAUCACUCCACGAAAAAGCUUCCUCUUCCUUCCUCGGGAUCCUUCUCCAAGUUAUCGGGGUCUACACCUACAAUCACCAGAGAGAGAAGUUGCCGAAGCAGUGCCGCAAGCAGUGCGAUGGGGGCUCAAGUCCCAUCUUCUACGAGCUCGUUUACUAUCAAAGAGGAAACAAGCCCAGUAAAUUCCACCCCGACUCCGAUGGUCCCUGAAAGACGUCGGCCAAGUAUUACCAUCCCUCAACCUGCUGGUGUCACCCCAAUCAGCAAGCCCUUGUCGCCCAUCACUUUGUCCAUGCCGAAGUGUCCCGUCACGAAGGACUCAGCAGCGAAUCUCAGCGACUUGACCGAGGGAGAAGGCAAUGUGAAGUAUCUUCCAAAGACCUGGGUCGAUGGCUCAUACCGUCAAAUCUCCGACAGCAAAAAUCAGACGCUUUCACCAACCGCCUAUGCCAAGGGGGAGACAUCUGUUGCUUCUCUCUCCAACUAUCUUCCGUCAUUCAAGGAACGAUUAGAGAAGUUGGAUCUCUCUCCACAGGAGACUUCCUGUGGUCAUGGCCAGAGUCGCAGUACCGCCAAUCAAAUAGAUGACAUUCUGGGCAUGAUAAAAUCCAUUCAGCGCAGAGUAGAUGGUGGAAUCGCCAAUAUGAACAAGAAGCUCGAAGAGCUGUGCGCCUGGAUUGGCGAUCAGCUCCAAAAUCAAAUUACAAGCCACGGGGACUUGAGCCGUGCAAACUCCGAUCUAUUCUCGAAGCAAUGUCAGAUCUCCCGGGAAAUGAUGAAGUUCCAACUCGAUAUGCGUUUGGAGAUUGGUACUAUGGAGCGACGGUUAAGCACAUUCGAGAAUAAUGUGGUCGACGAACUGCAGAACGAAGUCCGAUCUCUCGCCAGGUCAUACCAGGAACUAAAUCACAAGACGGAAAUGAUGAUCGAAAAGCACUCAUUCAGUGAUAACAAAAGCUUUAUCGAACUACAGGUGCAGAAGAACCUGGAGAUCGAAAGAGAAAUCGCAUACCUGAAGUCUCACCAGGAUACCUCAAUCUCACAAGACAUUGCUCCUUUUGAACCCCCGAAGUUGACACCCCAGCGAAGCUUUUCUAGUAACGAUAGUAGCGAGCCCUUGAUCAAACCAGCCAUGCUUGUGCCUCUACCAUCACCCCAAGAAGUCCGCUCUACACCCAGACAUGCUUUGAUCACCACCGAUCAUAUCCUGAUCACGCCCAAACGCAUCCAGUCCGCCCCUGAAGAAGUUCAAUCCACUCCCAAGGAUGCUUCUAUCACCCCUCUCCGCCCUCGAGUUGGUUCAAUGGUCGAGAGCAAGACCAGUAGCCUGCUCCCCCGCAGCGUGUCUCUCACCGGAAAGGGUAUCAUCAAGGGAAUCAAAGACAUUGCUUCCAGCACGCCACCCGACACAAAAGAAAACAGAGAAAAGACCCAUCCAGACAAAGCCAAGAGCCACGACGAGUCGAAGAAAUGGAACUUGUUUGGCAUGCGCACCCGCCGUCGCGAGGACAGUACCUCCAGUAGCGGAAGCAAUAAGUUCUAUUGGUCUCCACGCCCUCGCCGUUCAAAGGAUAUUUCAAGCAUUGAUGAAGCGGCCACAAUCAGCUCGCGCUCUUCUACUCCUCCCGUUCCCCCUAUUCCUCGCAACCCCCGCACCCGCGCAAAUUCUCGGUCCAUCGAGCGCAUUCCCACUCCGUUCCCUUCUAGCAUGGUAGAACCUCUCUAUUCCGUCCACCCUGCGUUUCGAGGAGAGCAUCAUGGACCCAAUGGGGCAUCGGCUAGUUCUUAUGAAACUGCUCCGGAGUCCUUUAGCACUAUGGAUGUGGAUGUUACGGAACAGAAGAUUCUGGAUGGCUCUGUUUCUGCAUUUGCUGAAUCUGCUAGUCUUGGAAUUGAUGAUGAGAACAACAAGGUUCCUCUGCUUAGGAUUUUGACUCCCAAAUUGAAGGCGCGUGAGAAUGUUAUUGAGGAUGCGUCGCCGACCACCAUUAUUCGUCGAUGCAGUGAGAAUGCUCGGAAAGAUAUCUCGCCAACUGAUGAGACCUUGCAGGAGUGGGAUCAAGUCUCUGUGAUUGAUACCAAGUUGAAUUGA